GUUUAAUGGGCGAGGGCUUUGGACCAACAGUCAAGCACAAAAUAGAAAGGCCCGUUGGCAGAGGUAGUUACAGGACGCGAAAGGAGGAGAAAGGCCAUCAAAGCAGCUUUGUCGACCUUUGGAAACCAAUAUCUCAUAUCUACAAUUUAAUAUCAUCAUCGGUCAAAUAAAUCUUCGUUACUUCGUAGGAUUUCAGCUCAGUUUGUCGUCGAUUAAGCAGAAGAUACUAAAAUACCGUCUACUUUCUAUAUUAAGAUCAAACUCUUCGUCCAUAUAUGAUGGGAAUGUUAGUUUGCUGACUGCUGCAACCCUUGUCAUUGCGUUCAAAUAUUUGCUGUGGGGAAGAAAAGAGAGACAGGCCCAUACUCCCUCAUUCCUUGCAAGUAACCUUUCAACUCUAAACUUCUCGAAGGAAUAACAACUACGACCGGAGAGUUUCCACAGACAGAAGGAAGAGACCAUCGAGGAGGAGAGGAGUUCCUAGAGAGGUUGUAUCUCUGGAAUGCCUGGUUCAGGAUGCAGCCAUUGAGCAGUUCACUCCUUUCAGGAGACAAGGGGAGGCGUGAUUGGCCGCUGGCCUUACCUGGGUGGAGCCGUAGGGGGGAUAUUACCGAUUCAUUGGCACUUUCUGCAAGGCUCCUCCCACCUCACUGACGCUCCGCCCUUGGCCCUUCUUCGCUGCCUGUGUGUUUGGGAAUGCUGUUGUUGCAUCAGAGGGGCAGUGUUGGAGAUGGCCAAACUCAGGGGCUAAGGUCAGGGUCAAGGUUUAAGGGUCAACAUAACUCAAAAGCUGCAGUGGUGGAUGUGGACAGGCCUGCCACCAUAAGCUGUGCAUCCUAUGGUAAACAGCUUGUGUUAACUUCAAAACUGACCUAUGGACAAUAGAGCCUUCCAUCUAUGAGAUGGGGAGCUAACUUUUCACUUUACAGCCUUGUUGCACUUGUUGAGACAUUCUAGUGUUUGUAUUAUUUAACACUGCACAACUUCCCCUGAAACAAUCACCUAGCACAAGCAAAGUCACUAUGCGUCACAUCCACGUGGAACUGGCUCGCAAAGAGCCACCCGUUGAGCUUCCAGCCCAGGCUGGGAAUUUACCUCAGCCUGACACUCAGAGCGAAAGCUCAGAGCCUGGCGUACGACGAUCAACUCCCAGGCCUUUCAGAGAAGAAGAGAUACGGCUGCAGAAGGUCUACCAGCUGUCCAUCCUCUCUCAAAGAGGCGGUUUUGGAGAAAAUCAAGAAACACCACGACCGGUUAGAGUAGGCAUGAAGCGUGGCCUGGAUGGUGCACCGGUCCCUGUCGCCCACAAGCGUCUUUUCCAAGAGGAUGAAGAUGAUGAUGAUGAGUCAGAAGGGGAGGUGCUGUGUGGGUCUGGGGUGGAACCACUCUUCCCCAGUUCACUUUAUGAGCACAGAGACUCAGACAUACCUAGGUCACCUCCCCUUUCCCCAUCACAUCAAAUGAUACCUGGUCGCCGGCCUGCCCAGCACAACCACGACAGGCCCAUCCCAGAUGUAUUCGCCCCGCUCUCCCCGAAAUCUCCACCCAUGGUUGACCCCCAGGGACAUCACUCCACCUGGGGCCACUGUGAGGGGAGUCCUCCCCCCCUUACUCCUAGGACUGAGGCCUCCAUGGCUGGGAGUAUCCCAGCUGAUUCCAAAGACUGUCCACGGGAUGAGGGCCAUACCAACAGUAAUCUUUCAGUGGAGGUUAAGGGAACGAUAUGCACCACAGAGAGCAGUUGGGCACCUGUCCGGUUUUCAACACCAGCUGAAGUUGUCGAAUGGGGGACCAGUUUGGAGUCUUCUCCUCCACCAUCAGAAAUGAAGACCACCUCCUCUUCUAAUGGACUGAGCUCUCCUGAGAAAACUCCAGUGGAAGCAAAUGGCCUGAUGUUGGGGUCAUCCACUGUCUGCCAGGUAAAGAAAAGACUUCUCUCACCCAGUGAUACAGGAGAGUCCUGUUCAGAGGAUGAGGGGCCAUCCACGUCAAAACGCAGUCGGCUGGCACUGUUAGCGCCGGGACUUGGGUUAGCAUCCUGUCGCAGCACUGACGCCAAGGGUGCACCCUUCUGGAACCAUCUUUUACCAUCGGCAAGGGAGACCACAAAGACGGCUACAGACUGUUCACGAGCAGGAAGAAGGCUCAAAGCUGGGAAUCGUCUCAAAUCUCGACAGCUGCGCAGUGGACGUAGGACAGACACCAGUCGUUCCUGUAGUUCCAUCUCCUCUUUAUCAUCCAUAAGCAGACCCCUCCUUGGCAACUUUGAGGAGUCAAUUCUAAAAGGUCGUUUCACUCCAUCCGGACGCAUUGAGGGCUUCACAGCAGAGAUCGGGGCAAGCGGUUCCUAUUGCCCGCAACACGCCACCUUACCUGUGCAAGUUACUUACUACGACACCUCAGAGCACAGCGCUCCUUCCCCCUUUCUGGGGGUAAUCCUGCUCGAGCCUCUUGGAAAGAAAGGAUACAGUGUACCCAAAGCAGGGACCAUUCAAGUGACCUUAUUUAACCCCAAUAAGACUGUGGUUAAAAUGUUUCUGGUGACGUAUAAUUUUGGCGACAUGCCUGUUAAUCACAUGACCUUCUUGCGCCACCGUAUCUUCCUGGUGCCUGUGGAGGAGCCUGAGGUUUCAGGGGAGGGGCAAGAGGGCUCCUUGUCUGACAGGAAGAAGAUUCUUUGCUACUUGAUACACCUCAGAUUCCAUAGUUCCAAAUCUGGGAAAAUCUACUUGCACAAUGAUAUCCGGCUGCUAUUCUCCCGCAAGUCCAUUGAGGUGGACGCUGGGAUUCCUUACGAGCUGAAAUCCUUCACCGAGGUGCCAAGAAACCCCAAAUACUCCCCGAGGGUAUGAGGCAGCGAUGCCCUGCCGCCGUGGGGCUCAAAGACUGCAUUAAUAAAGACUGCAAGACGAAAGAACCAAUACACUUGAAAGACUGAACUUGCACACGUGAACGCACAGACGUACUCAUACAUGCAAACACAGACAGAUGUAUGUACAUACACACAGAUAUUAAACUCUUCGGUGGGUAGACUGUACAACAUGCAUGCCUUGUGACUAAGUCGAGUUUUACUUUAGUGCCGUAUACAGUUAAGCUUUGACCUUCACCCUGCCUGCAUCAACUUAAUGUGGACCAAUCGUAAUCUUGUCCACCAACUGGAUCCAUUAUAAAAAGUUGGUGUCCAUCAUGUCAUCAGUAGAUGCAGACUUAUUCAAUUGCAAAAACUGGUUCCAACAGGAACAACAGAAACAGACAGGAAAUGGAUUUCUGAGGCAUGGAUUCAACAAUGAAUGCCAACAGAGCACUGGAGGGGAUAAGAAAGUUUAAGUAAAGAAUGGAGCCAGCUGAACAUUGAAAGUACAUCCAUUCAGUUGAUGCAUUGUGUCAACCACAGCAUGGGUUGUAAGGAGGAGAAUAGCCCUCAGUAUUUUGGAUGUUUUAGUAGUGAAAGGGCAGCUUGAAGGACAUUGCUCAGCAGUCCAACAUCAGAACAGUAAACAAACUGUCAAAUCUAUGUUUGCAAAUGUCUUAAAAAAGAGAAAAAGCAAUAUGCUGCACAUCUAGAGUGUUUUUUUCUUUCUUGUGGAGGUAGUAGUUGCCCUUUCUGCUAGAAGGGAGGGGGAAGAAAAAAUGCCAAGUGAAUAAGGGAGGCAAGGGAGGGAGGGUGGGC